CAAGUAGAGUCUGUUGUCAAUGCAUCGAAACGUUUUUAACAGUGUCGGUAUUACAGAACAGUAGCAGAAAAAUACAUUGUAUGCACAGUCUGUCUGUAUUUCAAGUCUAUGUAUUACGUCUGUGACAUUACGUGUAAAAGAACUGAAACAUUAAAUAAAAUAUCAUUAGAAAAAGUUUUUGUACGCUGCUUUUAUGAUUUUUUUAUACUUUCUUCAUCCAUACAUUGAUUCAUUAGUAUUGUGCGUCAUUUUUCAUGAUAUUGAAAUGGGAUGGUGAUCUAUCUUAACCUUUAGCAUACCCAAAAUUCAUUAUCUAUCGAAUUAAUCAUAAUUCAAUUUUUUUCCGAGAUUUUCUUAGCCUAAUUUGUUUAGGUUUUGCUUAUAUAUUUUGAAAGUUUCUAAGAGUAGGAAAAAAUUGGUGUUAAUCACAAUGUUGCGGCGUUUCGAGGGUGUACUAUUUUCUUCGGAUAAACAAAUGGUUAUAUUUGACAUUGGAAGCGCGUAUACAAAAUAUGGCUAUGCGAAUGAAGCUACACCACGAGGAAUAAUAAGAACAGAGGUGAUGUGUUCAGAAACCAAACAACUUAGAAGGAUUUACGAUUAUAAGGACACAGAGGACUUGUAUCAGUUACUUGUAGAAUUUCUUCAUUGCUUAUUUUUUAGAUACGUUGUGGUAACUCCAAAAGAUGCUAGGAUUUUAGUAUUGGAAUCUUUUCUAACACCGACCCAAUUCAGAGAAACACUGGCUAAAGUGUUGUUUAGACAUUUUGAGAUUGGUUCUUUGAUGUUAUUGUCUGUUCAUUUGGCAACGAUUAGUACCUUAGGCACUAAUACGGCUUUAGUAUUAGAUGUUGGAUACAAAGAAGCUACAUUAAUUCCAAUUUAUGAAGGUAUACCAAUCUUGAAAGGAUGGCAGGCCCUUCCCUUAGGCGGUGAAGCUGUACAUGAGUACUUGAUGAAGUCUCUAAAAGAAACAGCUCCAAAUGUAAAUAUAACAGAAAAACUUGUGGAAGACAUAAAAGUUAGAACAUGCUUUGUUACUACAUUAGAUAGGUCUGUUAAAUUUGGAACUGAAGAAACUCCCACUCCUCCUCCUGCAGUUGUAUAUCCUGGAGUUAAAAAUAUUAUUAUACCUGGUGAAAUUAGGGAGAAAGCAUAUGAAGUAUUGUGGGAACGAGACAAUGAUAAUUUGAGCAUACCUACAAUGAUUUUGGAUGCUAUUCUCAAGUGUCCAAUAGAGAUCAGAAGACCUUUAGCUGAAAAUAUAAUACUAAUUGGAGGCACAACAAUGGCUAAAGGAUUUAUUAGUCGCCUUAAAUCAGAAUUACUAGCUUUACUGAAAAGCAAUCUUUAUUCCGAUAAGUUAAAAAUUCAAGUUUUCAAAUUUCAUACUGCACCUAGUAAACCUAAUUAUACAGCAUGGUUAGGAGGUGCAAUUUUUGGAACUGUAGACCUUCCAUUGAGAUGUUUAACGAAAGAAAAUUAUUUAAAGUCCAACAGAGUUCCUGAUUGGACUAGUUUAGUGGAUAAUCAAAAAGAAGAUUCUGUGGCUUGUGAAAUAUAAAGUAUCGUUAAGUGUAUUUAUGUGUACAUAUUGAAAUGUAUAAAAUUUUAUUUAUUCUCCUUUGCUUACUUCUGUAUUUAAUAUUUUUAUAUUUAGAAAUAUAGUUUUAUCUAAUGUAAAAUAUACUCGGACACGUUGCAAUUAAAAGAGCGCAUUAUAU